UAAGGCAAGAAAGUGAUAUUUUUAGUAAAAGUUCGCAGCAGGCCCUUUAAGAAGGUGUAGCCUGGAGUGAGAGAUGUUGCCUGGGGGUGAUCCACAUGGUUAGCAUGCCGAUGUGUGCUGCUGGUAUUGUCAGGAUGCAAAUGAAGUGGUUCUUCCACCUGUGAACUGCCACGCAAGAAGGUGUUACUGCUCGCCUGAAGUGCCAAGCAGACGAGAGGGGGUAUCGGAUUCUUCAUUUCAAAAAGUUGUUCAUACGCUGUGGGACAACAUUUUGCGUGCGUCUAUUCUCAAAUGGGCCUUUAGAUUAACUGUUGAAAAGGAGCCAUGAUGUGGGGAACUGACGACCAGAUCAUCAUUGAGCAACAGAGAAAUGGAAAUGGGAUCCAAUCCACAGUCCAGGGCUGGAUGAAUGGUGGUCUGCCCGAUGGCAGGGAGAAGUUCACCAAGGAUGGCAAGAGGAUCGUGGCAGAAGAGGAGUGGUUUUAUGAGGAUGGAAAAUGGGCGCACAUCUGGAUAUAUGAAGACCAGGUGUUUGAAGUGGAAGAUGCCAGAUCCAGGCUGGACUUUGAAGCAGCUGCCAGGGAAUUGAAGAAAACAACACAGGUUAUAGAGGAGACAGUGGUGGAGGAAAAGGAAGUUGAGGAGGAGAUCAAGGGCCCAGGUAUGCGAAUCAUCAUCAGAGGACCAUUCAUAUUGCAGCAAGCACCGCCAAAACCUGGAAUCAAGAAGAAAGUAGAAGAGGUCAAAAAGGAACUAAAGGUAGCAGAGGCCCUGGAAGAGUCAGACUCAGGCAUGGAGAACACGCCUACACAUGAGAUCAGGAAACUCAAGCAGAUCCAGUAUGGCAUCGGUCGAGAGGAAAACCAACAGGGCAUGACAAAAAUUGCUACAGCACAAUUUCAAGAGGCCAAAUUGGUUACCCAACCCUCAGAGAAGUUCUCCAGACCUGAGGUACAACAAGUAAAGACAGAAGAUGCAGUAUACAACCAGGGGAUUGCCUUCACCCAAGAGGUAUAUCUAUCACUAAUAUUGUUGGUGUACAUUGUUGGAUUGACAUAUUCAAUAAUAAACUAUGUUAGAAGGUCAGGUGUAAUACGAUAAAUGGAUACAUCUAAUAAAAUACUUGAAAUAUCAACUAUUUGGAAUUUCUAUCUAACUAAAUGUAGCUCAUUAGAAAAAAUGACCCUGCAUAAGUAACCUUUGAUUGAUUUGGACUAGGGUCUAUUGUUAUCAUCUUAGGUCCAUGUUGUAAAUAGUGACAUCAUAGCUCCGGGUUAGGUGGAAGGAUGCAAUUAUGUAAGCCAUUGCUAUAAUAGCAUAUCUGGUGUAUCUAUACUAGCCCUUGGUUUCCUGACAAGAAGCCCACAACAGCCCUUGAAUGAAAUUGACACCCUUGCUCUUAUGAUAUUAACUUAUGUUUGUGUUAGAAAGUCAAUACACUAAAAGUCUGAAACUUUUAAAGUUUCCCCUGAUGCUUGCAUUUUGGCACUGUAACUCAACUGUCAGAUAACUUUUACUGUGUUUUAUAUACUACAAAUGUAUUAAUGAAUGUAUCUUCUUUAGUCUUUGAAUGCACCACCCCCAUUUCUAGUCUUAGAUACUGUUAGUAACACUUACACGUAUUAACAUGAUGCAAAAAAAUAAAGUAUACUAAACUGAA